AUGGACAUGACUCACCAUGCCUUUCAUAGGCACUGCUUCACAGGUUCGGUGAAGGAGCUCCACCAGUGGGAGAUGGAAUUGCCUGCGGUGAAAUUUGGCGUCACUAUGAGGUCAACUCAGGACCCGAAUCUUGUGGCCAGGAUCCCAGUUGAGCGCCUCUUGUUGGAGACGGAUGCUCCAUAUUUACUGCCAGCCCCUGGUUGCAAGAUGAAUCAUCCCUGGAACCUAGCAUCUCUUGCUGCACAAGUCGCCUCUAUCCGCAACACACCAGUGUCAUUUAUCCUGGAGAUAUGCAAUAACAACGCCAGCCAGUUCUAUCGAUUGUGA